UUUCCUUUUCUUGUUUCUUUCUGCAAAACGCAAAACAACAAAUUACUCAGAUCAAUCCAUAUAAGUGUGAGUUUUGUUCAAAAAGAUUACUGUUUCCUAUUGUCUUCCUGAUUAUAUUUGUUAAAAACAUAAGGUAUGCUGUAUGUAUGUCUUAUAAUCUAAGAAUAUGAAUAAUGAUGAUGUAUGAGAGAUUUGUGGCUGGCUUCAGAUGUUGAGGCCCACACUUGAACAUAAUGACUAUGGGAUUUGGGGAUUUAGAAAUUUGUGUGGAUCUGGACAGGGGAAAUGAAGCAGAACAUAGCUGUCUUGAAGAGAGUACAAGUGUUGGAGUUGACGUUCAAGAGCCAUAUGUUGGCAUGGAAUUUGAUUGUGAAGAAGAUGCCAGGAAAUUUUAUGUUGAAUACGCCAAACGGGUAGGAUUUGUUGUACGCAUUAUGCAACGUCGGCGUUCUGGAGUUGAUGGGAAAACUCUUGCCCGUCGACUUGGAUGUAACAAACAAGGAUUCUCAUCACACAACAAGGGAACAUUGGGGCCAGAGAAAAAGCCAAGACCUAGUGCCCGUCAAGGUUGCAAGGCAACAGUUUUGGUGAAGUUAGAAAAAUCUGGAAAAUGGGUUGUUACAAGAUUUGUAAAGGAUCACAACCAUCCUCUAAUUCCUACAACCAAUGGGUUUAGUACAGUGGGUGAUAAAGAUGAGAAAAUUGCAGAACUUUCUAUGGAGUUAGAGCGCCAAGAUCAACUGUGUGCUGCCUACCGAGAAAAGCUACUCAGCUUCAUAAACAAAGUUGAGGACCAAACAGAGGAACUGUCCACAAAAAUUCAGCUCAUUGUUGAAAAUGUUAGGAGAGCUGAGUCAGAAAGCAUAAAUAUUCCUAGAACAGAAAGUCACGGUUCUUAACUUGAGUGUAUGAAUGAAUAUGGUGUAACUGUAUUUUGCUAGGUGAACCUCCCCUCUAGGCAGAAGCAAGAGGUUCAAUGUAGCAUUUUUUUUGGGCCUUGAGGGAUUUUCGGUUUAACUUAAACAUGUUACAAGGGCAGAGGUAACCUUGAGUAUUCUGCUUGAUGAAUCAAGGCAAGUAACACAAAAAGAGUUCUUCAAUACCCCUAACAAUGAAUACAGAAUGAUAGCGACCACAGCUAAAGUGACUAGUGAAGGCUGGGGAAGGUAACAUAAGAUGUCCGUGUAAUUUUUAUACAGAUGUACAAAGUUUGAGUAAUAUGAAAUGAUGUUUAUUUUGGUACUGUA